AUGGCCACGCAUCACGUUCGUCACCUGUCCCAUCAAUCCAAGAAGUCGCAGCCACCGCACGCACGGCCCUCUCGGCCUCUGUCAAAGCGCGUGCAAUCCCACGGGGCCAAGGCUGCUUCCAAAGUCGUUCCCUCCAAAGACGUCGACCUCGCCGUCGACGACGACGACGAAGACUCAAUGGCAGUGAGCUUCUUGAACUACUGCACUGUUUGCGAGAAGCAAAUUGUUGUUCCAAGCAACACCGUGCUCUACUGCUCAGAAAGCUGCAAGAAAAAAGACGCGGAGAAAAGCCUCAACUACUACUACGAUCAUUACUCGCCGCCAACCACUCCUUUCGCAACCUUUACCUUUGACGACCUUGCCUUCCGUGACAUUGUUCCCCAGCGCUCGCCCACUCAGCCCGACUCAAAACGCUCGUCAUGUGCCUUCUCCGAUGUAUCCUCGGAUGACAAUGCCGAUGACCGCUAUCAGUCCGACGCAUCCAAAUACUUGCGCAAGUUUCAAUCGGCACCCACUUAUGCACCUGAUAACAUGCGGGCCUACCGACCUCGCUACAACCGCGCAUCAACAUCACAGUACAGCACUAGCGCUGCCCCUUCGUUGUCACAUACUCCGGCUUCUUCAGUAAGCUACUCGCUGCCAUAUACGCCUGCUACUACGCGACCUCUUCCCCCCAGGACCAAGCCAUCCCGCAACGGAUCCUAUGGAGGAGGAAAGUCAAUCGAUCUUGUCACACCCGUGACAGCUCCUUCAAGUCCCAAGUCCUACUCGCACAAGUCACCCGCCGUAUCCAGGACUUCGGUCAGCACCAUUGAAGGCGAGAUUGUCUACGCAAAGUCGCCCGUUCCCGAACCCUCGGUUGCCAGCGGUAGUCUUGGUCGACUACUCGCCUCAUCACCUCGCCACCUCUAGACAAACAAUGUUCAACUCUUUCCCAUGUUUCCCUUUUUUUACAUGGGCUUUUUUUUUCUUUUUUUUUAUAAUAGAUACCAUGACCGUAAGGUUUUUAUCUGCUAUGCAGGCGUAGCUGUUUGAGAUUUAUGAAGCACAACAAACUCAUGAUUCUCUCUCACUCAUCAAAAGUUUUAUCAGCAAUAUACCAAGAAAUGUUUUUCCAUCCUUCGGUUUUUUUUUCAUUUUUGCCAUAGAUACCUAUUUUUGUUUGCUACAUAGAAAGGGGGAGGAGGGUUAAGUGAUGUGAUGAACUAGUAGGGAAAGGAAGGGGACCGGUCGAGUAACUUAGAUAGUUUGUGACCCAAAUACAUACACUAUAUACGUCAUCCC